CACUGAGUGAUUGAUCCAUGGAUGUAAGUUAAAAAUCCUCAAAAACCAGUUUUGAGAACUUUCCAAAAUCAAGUGGAAAAAAGAAUGCCCUGUAGAUUUUUUGUUGGCUUGAAACACUGGUAAGGCUCAGGACUCAUGCUACCGAAGGUUAAAAUUCCCACCACUGCCGUCUCUUUCUACUCUGCUCUCCACCUGAAACUCUUCCCUUCGAUCCUCCACUGCUCUUCUUUCCAUCACACGCAUAAGCACGGUACUUCCACCCCAUCAUCACCAUCAUCACCCUUUACCAAACAAGCCUUUACCUCUCUCUUACAGUCCAGUUCUUCACAGUCCCACCAGCUCAAGCAGAUCCAUGCUCUUCUCCUUACAAGUGGUCUCUCCAUUAAAAAUAGCCUCAUCACUCAACUCCUCUCCUCUCUCACUCUAUUAGGCGACAUGACUUACGCCCGCCUUCUUUUCGACGAAAUGCACAAGCCUCGAUCUUUCUUAUGGAACACCCUGAUUAAAGGGUAUGUAAAAAAUGACCUCUCCAUCGAGGCUACCUCAGUUUACCAGAUAAUGCGCGGGGUUGGUGUUCGUCCCGAUCCAUUCACUUUCCCUUUUGUGCUCAAGGCGUGUUCCCAAGUAGAUGAUUUAUGUGCUGGCCAAGAAGUGCAUGCCCAUGUCAUUAAAUUUGGGCUUGACUUUGAUGCCAUUGUGAGGACCGAAUUGAUGUUAAUGUAUGCUAAAGUUGGGGAAUUGUGUUCUGCAGAUUACCUGUUUGAGACAAUGAGUGAAAGGGAUUUAGUAGCUUGGAAUGCUUUGAUUUCGGUUUACGUGCAAACAGGAAAUGCGGGCAAGGCACUUGGAAUGUUUCAUGGAAUGGUUUUAGCUGGAAUUAAGCCUGAUUCAGUGACUGUUGUGAGUGCUCUCUCGGCUUGUGCUAACUUGGGGUGUUUGGAAACUGGUAAGCAGAUCGACCAGUUUGUUAUCAAAGAGAAUCUCAAUAGUAAUUUGUUUGUUAACAAUGCACGUCUGGACAUGUAUGCAAAAUGUGGUAGCAUUGAAACAGCGAGAUGUCUGUUUGAUAAGAUGCCCCAGAGGAAUGUUAUCUCAUGGAGCACUAUGAUUGGAGGCUAUGCCAUGAAUGGGGAUAGUGACAAAUCGCUGCAUCUGUUCUCUCUAAUGCAGAAUGCGGGUGUGCAACCUAAUCAUGUCACUUAUCUCGGGGUUCUUUCUGCGUGUGGCCAUGUGGGCUUAGUAAGAGAAGGGCAGAGUUAUUUUAAGGAAAUGAUUAAGUCCAAUGACUGCAAUGUCCAGCCAAGAUUAGAACAUUAUGCCUGCAUGGUUGAUCUUCUUGGUCGGUCAGGACAUCUUGACGAGGCUUAUAACUUCAUCAAAAGUAUGCCCAUUGAGCCAGAUGUAGGGGUCUGGGGAGCUCUGCUGGGUUCCUGUACGAUUCAUAAGAAUAUCAAACUUGGCCAGCAUGUAUCAGAUAUUCUUUUCAAUUUAUCUCCUGAAAUUUCCUCAUAUCAUGUGUUGUUGUCCAACAUCUAUGCAGCAGCUGGAAGGUGGGUUGAUGUUGAGAAUGUGAGGCGAAAAAUGAGAAAGAAAGGAGUAAAAAAGGUAGUUGCUUAUAGUGCUGUUGAAGCAAAUGGUGAGGUUCAUGUCUUCCAUGGCGGGGAUAGAACUCACCCACUGUCUUCAAAUAUAUAUGAGGUAUUGGCAGAAUUGAUUAAGCAGAUAACAAGUAUUGGUUAUGUGCCGAAUAUCACUGAAGCGCUGCAUGAUGUGCAAAUGGAAGAGAAAGAGGCUACACUAAGUACUCAUAGUGAGAAGCUUGCGAUUGCAUUUGGCCUUAUCAAUGUGAGACCUCCAUUCCCAAUAAGGAUUAUGAAAAACUUAAGGAUUUGUAAUGAUUGUCAUACUUUUGUGAAACUAACCUCCAAAGUUACCAACAGAGAGAUUAUCAUGAGAGAUAAGAACCGUUUCCAUUAUUUUAAAGAUGGUUCUUGUUCCUGCAAAGACUUUUGGUGACUAGCCAAUUUUUUCCUGUUGUUGAUUGUGACCUGGUUCAAGCAGGGCUUGAUAAAUGAGUUUUGAGCAGUUUGGCUGAAUGUAAUUAUCAGUUGGAGAUGGAUCUAUUUAUUGACUGGUUGGGUCGAGAUAAACAAGACGUAUUCUAUCGUAACUCGUUCCUGCCAAGAAAAAAAGUGCAGCACCAAUAAAUACAUGAGAGAUUAUUUGUAAAACAGCGGUUUUCCACCACCCAAGAAUAGAGAUUGGUAUCAUUCGACUUUGAAAAUUUUCUCUGCAUCCAGGGGAUGUCUAACAGAAUAUAGCAAGCUUGCAAGUGGUUCUUUUAUGCUUCAAACCAAAAUGCCUGAAGUUGAUAAAGAAGGGAGGAUGUUUGUCCCCAAAAAAAAAAACAUUUUUGGAAUGAAACUUGUUUGUUAUGUGACUGAAAGCUCUCUGGUGACUAGAACAGAAUUCAAGAUAUUUUGUGGAUGGAAGACAGGUUAAGGUGGUAUGUGUUCAAGAUUAGCGAUUGGAAUUUUGAUAGUUUUCUGUGCCAGGGGCCAGGGCCAUUAACGCAGACCACAGCACCACCUUAAAUUCCAAGCCAACUAACCCUGAAUCCAUUUAAUCCCCUGCAGUGCUGCCCAUACUAGCCCAACAAACAGUAAUUCAAAUCCUUCAAGUGCCUCAAAACAGAUUCCAAGAUUCUUAUUACCACUUUUGUUGUGAGGGAACAUCUGACACUAUGAGAAGGUCAGCUUCAAUCUGUAUAACUACUCCUAUUUACUGUAUGUAUUGUAAUUCAUCUCGAGAAAUAUCUCUUGAUGUUGCUUUCUUUGUUAA